AUGACCGAAGGGAGACACUGCCAAGUACAGCUUCUGGAUGAUAGGAAGCUGGAGCUACUAGUUCAGCCUAAACUUUUGUCACGGGAAUUAUUGGAUUUGGUGGCUUCACAUUUCAAUCUCAAAGAAAAGGAAUAUUUUGGGAUAACAUUCAUAGAUGAUAUGGGACACAAUGUCUGGCUACAGUUAGAUCACAGGGUUCUGGAUCAUGAUUUUCCUAAAAAACCAGGUCCGGUAACUUUGUUUUUUGCAGUCAGAUUUUACAUAGAAAGCAUUUCGUUUCUGAAGGACAAGACCACAGUUGAACUCUUUUUCCUCAAUGCAAAGUCCUGUGUGCAACAGGGGCAUAUUGAAGUGGAAAGCGAGACAGUCUUUAGAUUAGCUGCUUUGAUUUUACAGUGAUGAAAAUGCAAGAAAAGCUCUGAAGAACUUGCCUACAUUUCCUACCAAGACUUUGCAGGAGCAUCCUUCACUUGCCUAUUGUGAGGACAGAGUCAUCGAACAUUACAUUAAGAACAAGGGGCUGACUAGAGGACAAGCGAUUGUUCAGUACAUGAAGUUGGUUGAAGCUCUGCCUACUUAUGGAAUCCAUUAUUAUGGAGUGAAGGAUAAACAAGGCAUCCCGUGGUGGCUUGGGAUCAGUUAUAAAGGAAUUGGCCAGUACGACUUACAAGAUAAAGUCAAACCUAGAAAAUUAUUUCAGUGGAAGCAGCUGGAGAAUCUCUAUUUUCGUGAAAAGAAGUUUGCAGUAGAAGUUCAUGAUCCCCACAGAAUUUCAGUAUCAAGAAGGACCUUUGGACAGAGCGGUCUCGUAGUACAAACCUGGUAUGCGAACACUUCUCUAAUCAAAUCCAUCUGGAUGAUGGCAAUCAGUCAACAUCAGUUUUACUUGGAUAGGAAACAAAGCAAAGCAAAAAUUCCCUCAGCCAGAAGUUUGGAUGAUAUUGCAAUGGACCUGACAGAUACGGGAGUGCCAAAAGUUUCAAAGCUAACAGCUUUGGAAGUAAAGAAUCAACUUAUUAUGGCCAGCAAUGGUAGUUUAAUCUCUUCAGGAUCUCAAGAUUCAGAAGUCAGCGAAGAGCAGAAGAAAGAGAAAAUCUUAGAACUGAGAAAGAAAGAAAAGCUCUUGCAGGAAAAACUCUUGCAGAAAGUUGAAGAGUUGAAGAAGAUCUGUCUGCGGGAAGCGGAGCUCACUGGAAAAAUGCCAAAGGAAUAUCCUCUGAACACUGGAGAGAAGCCACCUCAAGUCAGAAGGCGUGUAGGUACGACAUUCAGAUUGGAUGACAAUCUGCUACCCAAUGAGGAGAGCAAUGUCUUUGUGGUUGAGGUCAAACAGGGGGGCAUGGCUGGUUGUGGGAGGAUGCCUCUGUGA